AUGCUCAGCCUACGUAUCAAAGUGUUGCUCCUACGCUGCUCGAUCCGAAUACGAUCAUUCUUCAUAUCUUGGUUCGGAAGUGCCCCGUAUUACACCAGAUUCUCACCAGACCGAAGAUUCACAAUCGACUCCAGCUGCUCGUCCCGAAAAAUCAAGGUCAACGUAUUUGAACCUCCCAAUUUUGAUAAAAAUGAGAAAUAUCCUGUGUAUCUCAAUUUCCACGGUUCAGCGUUCAUAGUCCCUGCCCUAGGGUCUGACUCCGAUUUCUGUCGUAUCGUUAGCAACCGUACAGGUGCAGUUGUGUUUGAUUGUGACUAUGCAAAGGCACCCGAAUGGCCCUUUCCAGCAGCUCCGGAAGACGUGAAAGACGUAAUUGACCAUACAUUAAAGAACGAGGAGGGGUACUUGGAUAUCGCACGCGUUGUAAUUGGAGGUUUCUCUGCUGGCGGAACUCUAGCCCUCACCGCAGGUGCGAGCCAACCAAAGGGCGCUCUCAAAGGAGUGGUCGCGAUAUAUCCUGCCACCGAUCUUUCAAUCGACCACACAAUUCGACCCCCAGCUUCCAUUUCCGAAGGAAACUCCAACCCACUCCCGCCAUGGUUCCUCAAACUUGGAUACAGAAGCUACAUUUCGUCUACUACCGAUGUUUUGGACCCUCGACUUUCUCCAGUCAAUACCGAUACAUCAUCGUUUCCAGAGAGAGUUCUUUUGAUUAUAUGCGAAGAAGAUCCACUACAUGAUGAAGCUAUAGUUCUGGUUGAGAGGCUGAGAAUAGCAGGAUUACAAGUUGACCUGAAGGAAAUGCCAAAGAUGGUUCACGGAUGGGAUAAGGAGGCAAAAGAAAGGACCCUAGCCGGUGCUGCAAGACAUGAAGCUUAUGAGACUCUUCGCGCCUCUUGUGAAACUCCUACAUUAGGGAUGACAUUACUUGACUUCCUUUCCCUACGACUUAAAGUAUGGUUUGUGCGGUUGAUGGCUUAUUCGACCAAAUCAUUCCAAACCUUUUUCGAGACACUUGAGCACUCAAAAUUCCCACCUCAGCAAAGUUUCAGUAUUCCGUCCACAACGUCUAGACGCAAGAUAUGGAUCAGGGUUUACGAACCCGAGCGCUUCGACAGGCAGAAACGCUAUCCGGUGCAUCUGAAUUUUCAUGGCUCCGGAUUCGUCAUCCCUAUGCUUGGGUCAGAUAGCGACUUCUGUCAUUUGGUAAGUAAACAUACAGGCGCGGUUGUACUAGACUGCGACUAUGCGAAAGGCCCGGAAUGCCCAUUUCCGGCCGCUCCCCGCGAUGUUCAAGACAUAAUUUCCUACGUGAUCACCAACAAGGAUGGUCACUUUGACACUUCUCGCAUCACUAUCGGAGGGUUUUCAGCUGGAGGUACCCUAGCAUUGACUGCUGGUGUGAGCCAGCCCAAAAAUACGCUGAAAGGGGUUGUUGCAUUCUACCCUUGCGUUGAUCUUUCUCUUGAAACUGCCACUCGAGCUCCGCCGCCUGUGUCGGAAGGGAACACAAACCCGAUUACUCCUUGGUUCAAUGAGAUUGUCAAAAGGAGCUACACGCCCACUGGCACAGACAUGACCGAUCCUCGACUUUCCCCGAUCAAUACACCGUCCGCGGUACUGCCCGAGCACGUAUUUAUGGUUGUAUGCGAGGAGGAUCCUUUACGGUCUGAUGCCGCUGAGUAUGCCAAGCGGCUUAAGAAAGAAGGUGUAAAGGUCAUACUAAGGGAAAUACCAAAAGCAGUACAUGCAUGGGAUAAACGAGCCAAAAAGGGAACACCGGGUUGGGAUGCGAAAUAUGAUUCAUAUAAAGCUGCUGUGGAAGUCUUGAGAUUGAUUUAUAGUGCUCAAAAAAUAAUUGACCACUCAUUUAUGGUAGAGCUCACAUGCAAUGGGCCAGUUAUGUACCUAGACUCGCAAAUAACUUGGACAUAA